AAAAGUAUUUGUUGUCUGUUGGUGUCUUUGCAUGUUGUUGGUUUUCAAUCGGGGAAGAAAGCAUGCAUCACUUUGCAGAAGAGCAACAUACAGCGGUUAGCCCCCGUGGGGCGUGUGGUGGUUCUCCUGUCCAGUCUAAAUGAUGUCACUUUCUAAAAAGGCUGUCAGCAAGAAUGUAGGUGGCACCCAGACACAGCAGCAGGGAGAUUCCCGCAGUAAACCUCACACACGGUCACCAAGGCGCUCCAGUGAAAUAGUCCUGCACUUUACUUGGAUAGUCUCUGCUUCUCAGUUCACCAGUUAUCAACCAGGGGAAGGCAUUCCAGGAAGACUGUAGGAGUCUCUUCGUGUGCCUCAUGGCUGCGGUACUUGGAAACAGCACCCGAACUAUGGGAACUUCAGAUUGUGAGCUGAGAAGCCACUUCAAAAGAAGAAAGAGGAGGAGGUCGACAAGAAAAGAGAGAACCAGUAUGCUGUCAUCCUUCAUCAGCCCUAUGAAGAUUAGAGAUACUGUGACAACAACAUCAAAAGACGAUGGAGACACUUCAAAUAGCAGCAGCGCUGAGGUGAAGGAGAAUCGUCAUAGCAGAAACCAAGUGGACUAUUCCACCAUACGACAACCUGCACAUCAUCAAUCAACUCUUUACACUGACAUCUCCAGAGGGCUCUCCAGGACCACUGCUCUACAGAGGAAGCAGCCAUUGGUGGAAGGAAAAGACAGUCUUCUCUAUGAACUCCAGUUGAUCUGUAAGAGGACGGCCCAUUGUCUCACGUCAGAUAGCGCCACGACUCCAUCUGCACUGUCGGUUGAGGGAGGAGCAUCACGUGGGAGUGACUCAACCUGCCGGAAGACAAUGAAGACGUCCUGGUCUGUCACAAAGAAGAACGCCCUGGUGCAGUUGAACGAGCUGAGACCAGGUCUACAGUAUGAGAUAGCAUCCUGGACAGGGCCAGUUCACGCCCCUGUGUUCGCUGUAGGAGUAGAGGUGAACGGUCUCAGGUUCGAGGGUCGAGGCCCCACCAAGAAGAAGGCUAAGAUGAGGGCAGCAGAGAUGGCUCUUAGGUCCUUCAUCCAGUUCCCCAACGCCCCUCAGGCUCACAUCACCAUGGGAAACCUCAAUUUUAUCAACACCACAGCACCAACAGACUUCACCUCAGACCAGGCCGUUCUCGUCCCUGACACGCUCUUCAAGGAGUUUGAGCCAGAAGCAAAUGAAGACCAAUUCCUUUACCACAGGACAGACGGAAAGGAGUUGCCGUUUGAGGAGCCACCAGCGCAGGGAGAUACACAACUCCUGUACCACAGCCACAGGACAGAGGGAAAGGGACAGGAGUUGCUCUCCAGCAUUUGUAACCAUGGGAGACUAGUAUGCCUGACCCUUGGCCUGAUGUCCUCAGCCAAUCAGAAGAGGCAGAGGAUCGGUUCCUCCAUUGUUGAGGAGCUGAGGCCUGUGGCUCUGCUCAAUGAGUUAAGGCCAGGCCUGAGGUACGUCUGCCUGAUGGAGAGAGUGCGGGGCAGGCCGAUCAGGAGCUUUGUGAUGGCAGUGAGGGUGGAUGGGAGGAUAUUUGAGGGCUGUGGGCGCAGUAAGAGACUGGCUCAAGCCCAGGUAGCAGCCUCAGCCCUACAGGACCUGUUUAACAUCAGUCUGGGGCCUGAGACUAGCAUCAGCCAUACUGCCAGCUGGGCCAAGAGCUCUCAGCUACCUCAGUCCUUCGCAGAGUCAAUCUUCCACUUGGUGAGAGAGAAACACAGUCAGCUAGCUGACUGUUACUGCCCUGCCUCCCACAGCCGUCACAAAGUACUGGCAGGCAUCGUAAUGACCAGAGGUUUUGACGUUAGACGAGGCCAGGUGGUGUCUCUGGGGACAGGGACCAAGUGUUUCAGUGGAGUGUGUGUCAGUGACCAGGGACGGACGGUUAAUGACUGCCAUGCUGAGGUCAUCACCAGGAGGGCUUUCCUCCGCUUCCUCUACAGCCAACUAGAGCUCUUCCUCUGUAACCGGCCAGACAGUUCGGAGCAGUCAAUCUUUGUGCGAGACAAAGAGUCUGGGUACACACUGAGAGAUGGUAUUCUGUUCCAUAUGUAUGUGAGCUCAUCGCCCUGUGGGGACGCACGCCUCAAUUGCCCCUACGAGGUAACAGCUACAUACCACAGCUGGCACAGAUUUGUAAGGAAGUUACGCUGCCAUCUGAGGAUGAAGAUGGAAGGCGGUGAGGGUACACUUCCUGUCAGUGUACGGAGAGCCAAUCAGAAAUGGGACAGGGGGUUGCCGAGGGAACCUCCCGUCACCAUGUCCUGCACUGAUAAAAUGGCCAGGUGGAAUGUUCUAGGUCUCCAGGGCUCUCUCCUGUCUCACCUGGUGGAGCCAGUGUACCUCCACAGCCUCACUGUGGGCAGCCUGUGCCACACGGGUCACCUGGGAAGGACCAUGGCACGACGCAUGGGGCACAUCGCCCCCAUGUCCUCCUCCUAUAGACACAACAGGCUACUCCUCGGCUGCCUCAGCAGCACUGAGGGUCGGCAGCCAGGGAAGUCCCCCAGGUUCAGUGUGAACUGGAGUGCUGGAGACGGGGAGCUGGAGGUGCUGGAUACCUCUACAGGCAGGAGGAAAGACUCAGGAACACCAUCCAGACUCUGCAAGAGAUCCCUCUUCACUCGUUGGGAGAGACUACACCACCAGCUGAGCAGGCCAGGACAAGUGUUGGGUGACGAGAAGGCCAUAAAGACGUACUGUGGAGCCAAGAUGACAGCAGGGGCCUACCAGAGAGCCAAGCAGAAGUUUGUCCUCUCUCUGCAGGAGGCAGGCCUGGGCAUCUGGAACAGGAAACCACCAGAACAGGAGCACUUCCAGAGCAGCGUGUAAGGGGUUCUUAUUAGAAGAAGCAAUUCCCUCAAACACACACUCACAUGCGCUCUUCCUAUCGUGGUCACUAAGACCAUAGAGGUCCUAUAACACAAUGUUACCAUAAUAGGAACAGCACAUGUACAGGUAACCCGCCAAAAUAAUGGAAACAUUUGAGUAAAUGAAGGAUACAAAGUAUAUUGAAAGCUGAGUUAAUUAAGCAGUUAAUAUUCUAUAAUGCUUAGGGUCAUGUAUAGAAAUGCUGGAGGAGGAAAGCAGGGAUUAUCAACUAGAUUUAGCCGCGGACGGAACAUAAUCAAAUCAAAUGUAUUUAUAUAGCCCUUCUUACAUCAGCUGUUAUCUCAAAGUGCUGUACAGAAACCCAGCCUAAAACCCCAAACAGCAAGCAAUGC